AAUUGAUGAUUAUUCGUUAUGAUUGGUCUGCCCUUAGUACUGUUACGUUCAGCCACUCUGUGGAGACAAGCAACAUUAUUAAAUUUAACAAAUAAAUCACGAGUUACUCAUGUUUGUCAUUGCCUCCAUCUCAGCGUCGUUGAUAACACGAAGAAUAAAAAUGGAAAGGACAAAUCUGAUGGAAAGAGGAAGCGAGUCAAUGGCAGUAGCAGCAGUAGUGCAGCUGAGUCGCCGCCAUCGAAGAAGCCCUCGGUCCUGGGACAGACUAAAAAAACGAAGUCUCAGGUUGAGAAAUCCAAGAGUAAUCAGGGUAAGCUGACCUUUUCGAAACUACCCCCGAAGGAGGUGUCUGAAGAGAAAACAACUGCAAGCAGCAGUGGUCUCAAUAUCAAGAAACCGGGAAAAAAGAGGUCCAGGAUAAUUCGGGAGGACUCGAGUGAUGACGAGCCACAUCUUCCAUUACCAGACAGUCCAGUGAAGUCGGAAGAGCCACCCAGCAGCCCCCAGGACCCAAAAAACUCCUCGAAAGUCAUAUCUUCAGGAUCUGAAGCAGACCCAGACGAAGCAACGUCUUCUCCGCCCCCCAGCACAUCCCCCGAGCCUAAAAAACCCCAGAAAAACCUGGCCAGUAUUUUUAACAAGCCGCAGAAGACAUCUCCAAGCCAACAAAAACGUUCUGCUCCUGAAUCCGACGCCACAGAUCCUCCAAAGCCCAAAAAAUCCCCGGAGAAAUCCCCCUCCAAUUCCACUCACAGUUUUUUCACCAGCAAAUCUCAGAAAAAGGAUCAGGAAAAUGAUAAAAAAGGAUCCAACACUCACACCUACGACCCCAGUACUAAUAACUACCACCCGAUCGACUCAGCCUGCUGGAAGAGAGGUGACAAAGUUCCCUACAUAGCCCUCACAAGAACCCUCGAGCUCAUCGAGAAAACUAGUGCAAGACUGAAGAUGGUGGAGAUUCUCGCGAAUUUCUUCAGAUCUGUCAUCGUUCUCACUCCAAACGACCUCCUAGCGAGUGUAUACCUGUGCCUGAAUCAACUAGCCCCAGCAUACGAAGGUGUAGAACUAGGAAUUGCUGAUACAACUCUCAUGAAGGCCAUCGCUCAGUGCACAGGAAGAACGAUGGCACAAAUUAAAGCCGAUGUUCAGGAGGCUGGGGACCUGGGAAUUGUCGCAGAGGGCAGUCGUUCCAACCAAAGAAUUAUGUUCCAACCCGCCCCGUUGAUGGUCUCCCAUGUCUUCUCGAAGCUGAGGGAAAUCGCUGAAAUGACUGGGGCAUCCUCAGUUGGGAAGAAAAUUGACAGGAUCCAGUCGCUGUUCGUUGCCUGUCGUUUCACUGAAGCCAGGUACCUCAUAAGAUCUCUCGCUGGUAAACUGAGGAUCGGACUUGCUGAACAAUCAGUUCUCCAGGCACUUGCUUUAGCCUGUGCCCUCACUCCUCCAGAUCAGGAGUACCCACCGGAGGUCAUCAACGCCAGUAAAAAAAUGUCAACUGAUGCAUUCAAACAAAAAUACGAGGAGAUCGCGUUGAUCAUUAAGACAACCUACUGCGAGUGCCCUAAUUACAAUCUGAUUAUUCCGGUUAUUCUCGAGGAUGGUGUGAAGGUAUUGCCGGAAAAAUGCAAACUCCGUCCGGGAAUUCCCCUGAAGCCAAUGCUCGCUCAUCCAACCAAAGGUGUUCAGGAAGUUCUCACCAGAUUUGAGGGCCACAAAUUCACCUGCGAGUGGAAAUACGAUGGAGAACGAGCACAAAUUCACGUGAAUGAUGGUGGAGCUGUGUCGAUAUACUCCAGGAAUCAGGAGAACAACACCAGCAAAUAUCCUGACAUCAUUGGUAGAUUGAAAGCAGCUGUGAAGGAUACUGUCAAGAGUUGUAUUUUAGAUUGUGAGGCUGUCGCAUGGGACAGGGAGAAGAAGCAGAUACUUCCGUUUCAGAUACUGAGCACCAGGAAGCGCAAGGACGCCAAUGAAUCCGAUAUCAAGGUCCAGGUGUGUGUCUUCAUGUUUGAUCUUUUGUAUUUGAAUGGGGAGGCACUCGUUACUGAGCCGUUUAGCAGGAGACGAGAACUUCUGAAAGAGCAUUUCAACGAGCUCGAGGGGGCGUGGCGAUUUGCCACGAGUUUGGAUACAACGAAAAUGGAGGAGGUUCAGGAAUUCCUGGAGGAGUCGGUCAAGGGAAACUGCGAGGGUCUCAUGGUGAAGACAUUAGAGCAAGAUGCGACUUAUGAGAUUGCUAAGAGAUCGAGGAAUUGGUUGAAAUUGAAGAAGGAUUAUCUUGAAGGAGUUGGGGAUACUCUGGAUGUCGUUGUCAUUGGGGGGUACCUGGGGAAGGGGAAGAGGACUGGGACCUAUGGGGGAUUUUUACUGGCUUGUUAUGAUCCGGAGAAUGAGGAGUAUCAGAGUCUCUGUAAAAUUGGGACUGGAUUCAGUGAGGAUGAUCUUGCUAAGCAUACGAGCUUUUUGAAAGAGCACGUCGUACCUCAGGCUAAGGGAUAUUAUCGAUAUGACAGCAGUCUUCAACCUGAUCACUGGUUUGAACCGGUUCAGGUCUGGGAGAUCAAGUGCGCGGAUUUGUCACUUUCACCGAUUCAUCGAGCCGCAGCGGGGAUCGUCGAUCCUGCGAAGGGAAUUUCUCUGAGGUUUCCGAGGUUCAUCAGGAUCAGGGAGGACAAAACUGUGGAGGACUCCACGUCGGCGCAACAGGUCGCUGAUAUGUACAAAAAUCAGGAGCAAAUUGUCAAUCAGCAGGGCACGACUUCCGUCAAUGACGAGGAUUUUUAUUAAUUUUUUGGGACAAUUGUUGAUGACGUGAGACAUUGGUCGUGUGGACGAAGGAAUAUUCUUUUAAUUGUUCGUGGGGAAUUGAACGCGGGGAUUAUUUGUAGCGAAGUCGUCAUUGAAUAGUCUCGAGGGGCCCAUCGUGGGGUCUGUGAAUGAUUUAGGGGAUCGUUUUUUUUUAUUGUGACUGAGAGGUGUGAGGAGUUGAUGAUAUGAAUGAAGGAAUAUUUUUUUUAUUGUUCGUGGAUGUCAUUGUCAUAUUUUGAAUAUUUUUGUGAAAAUGGAAUACAGGCUUUUUUCGAGAAAAAUUGA